AUGUCCCGACCCGUGCAGAGGAAGCCGCUGGGAGUACCCAGGAGGCCUGGAGCGCCGUCCGGUAUGCGGCGACCGCCAGCGCAGGCGCGACCUGGCGGCGGCAACGCUCCCGGCUCCAAGGGCAACGACCAUGGCUACCUCUACGUCGCCGGCAUCAAGGACGCUUCGAAGCGCGUGCAGGAGCUCUGGCUGACCCCAGCGUUCAACAUCCUGAACGACAUCGAUGUGGAGAAAAUGGAGGCGCAGAUCGAGGCGUACCAGGCGGAGAACGCAUCGCUCAUCGCCAAGAAUAAACACAAGUCGGAGCUCGAUCAGUACACGCAGGCUGAGCGAGACGAGCUUGAGAAGCGAGCUCGUGCUGAGCGCGUGCGUCUGAUCGAGGAGGCAGAGCGCAUCGACCGGCUAGAGGAGGAGCGUACGAAGCAGGAGAUUGUCGACGCGCUCUCCCGACCAGGAGGCGGAGAGGAACUGGCGAAGGAGAUUCGCGCAAAGGCCGACAAGGCGAAAGCCGACCGCGCUGCGGCGCUGGCGGCCGCUGUGCCCCCGAGUCUCGCCGCGCUCAAUCCUGCCGUUCACGACGACAAGGACCACCCGCCAACGAGCCCGAGCUACGCUGGCCCAUACGUCCCGAUUCCGUACGCGGACCCGGAUCUCAUGCCAUGGAGCCACUGGUACGAGAUGAAGGAGGACUAUGUCGACGGCCGCAGUGGCGUCGUCUGGGCCAAGGAGGAUCGGGACAAGAAGGUCCGCGGCGGCGGAUGGGAUCUUCACACGUUCUGGGAAAUGGAGGUGCGGGGCGCCGUUGAGGGACUGGGCAUCGAGCCGUUGUAA